AUGCACCUUUCUGCUAUGAUGGACGAUAUAGGGAAUUUCUCAGCAGAUAUUGCCCCCGUACUUGCAAUGCUUGUUAGUUCAACCGCAACUUCCUCUUCAAUUACAUGCGUGGACCGAAGAACGAACUGUUUGACAUAUGCACCAACCAACUGUUUGAGUUAUGCACCUUUCUGCUAUGAUGGACGAUAUAGGGAAUUUCUCAGCAGAUAUUGCCCCCGUACUUGCAAUGCUUGUUAA